CACAGCUGUGGCAAUGCUGGAUCCUUAACCCGCUGUACCAUGGUAUCGACCAAAAUGGUCGAAACUGCUUCCACCAGUUUUUCCGUGAUCCGCCGGACUUCUUCCCAAGAGGUUCCUUCCUCUCGCCAGCUGGGCGUCAUGCAGCCUGUGGUGGCCAAAAGGAUCAGCUUCUAUAAGAGCGGAGACCCUCAAUUCGGCGGGGUCCGGGUGGUGCUGAACCCUCGUUCUUUCAAGACAUUUGAUGCUCUACUGGAUAACUUGUCAGGGAAGGUGCCCCUACCCUUCGGGGUGAGGAACAUCAGCACUCCUCGCGGAAGGCACAGCAUCACGCGUCUGGAGGAGCUGGAGGACGGCCAGUCGUACUUGUGCUCCCACGGCCGGAAGGUGCAGCCUGUGGACCUGGACAAGGCCCGCCGGCCCCCGCGGCCCUGGCUCAGCAGCCGCGCCCUCAGCGCGCACGCGCAUCGCUCCCCCACUGCCCCUGCUUCCGCCAUGCUGCGCUCGCAGCGGCGGCUCGUGGUCUUCAGGAACGGCGACCCCAAGACGAGGCGCGCGGUGGUCCUGAAUAGGAGGGUCACGCAGAGCUUCGAGGUCUUUCUGCAGCACCUGUCAGAGGUCAUGCAGCGCCCGGUGACCAAGCUGUACGCCACGGAUGGAAGAAAGGUUCCCAGUAUCCAGGCUGUGAUCCUGAGCUCUGGAGCUGUGGUGGCAGCAGGAAGGGAGCCAUUUAAACCAGGAAAUUAUGACAUCCAAAAGUACUUGCUUCCUGCUAGAUUACCAGGGAUCUCUCAUCGUGUGUACCCCAAGGGAAGUGCUAGGUCAGAAAGCAGAAAAAGUGGUAACUGGAAGGUUUCCAUAAUCACCAGUGACUUGCCAAAUGCAGGGACCAGCUCACAGGUUUAUAUUAUACUCUAUGGACGACUUAGGAGUUCAGCUCCCAUAUAUCUGUAUGGAACAGAUGGAGCUCGAUUUCAGGAUGGCCAGGAAGACGUAUUUACUAUCACAGUUGGAGACCUUGGCACACUCUUUAAGAUUCGUAUUGGUCAUACUAACUCUGGACUUUCCCCCUCCUGGCACUGUAAAGAGAUACGAUUGUGGAACAUGAAAUCUGGAAGGCAGUUUUAUAUACCUGUUCAACGAUGGCUGGCACGAGAUCAAGAGGAUGGGGAAAUCUGUCGAGAAUUUCCUGUUUUAAACAAGGGGCAACCCAUCCUUCCAGUGACAGUAUAUGAAGUGCAUGUGGCAACAGGUGAGCUUUGGAAUGCUGGAACAGCAGCAAAUGUCUACAUUUCUGUCUAUGGGGAAAAGGGAGAUACAGGAUCCAGACAGUUGUUUCGAUCGAAGAGUUCCCUCAAUUUCUUAAGGGGACAAUUCUUUGAUCUGUUACAGACCGACACCUUCUCUCUUGAAGCCGUGUACCUUGGGGGCUUAUACAAGAUUGUCAUAGGACAUGAUGGGCUUGGACCAGGAAAUGGAUGGUUUCUUGAUGAAGUUGUAAUCAAGGAUCCCAUAGUGAGCCACGAAUACACCUUUUUCUGCCACAGAUGGCUGGAUCAAGGGGAAGACGAUGGCAGCAUUGUCAGAGAGCUGUAUGGCAGGGCUAACAGUAUCACCUCUGCAAGGCAGAAGCUGGAAGUUAAGAGAAAUGAAACAUGGGCUGCAGAAAGCUGGAAGUUUGUGAAAGGAAACACGCUUCAGUUCUACAACAGGCUGACUGGUGGAUUUGUCCGUCUGCAUCCAGAUGGCACAGUUGAUGCAGUUGGAAAGAAGACAGACAAAUACGGUCUAUUUGAUGUUAUUUUCAAUAAAGGAAAUAUAUGCAUUUUCCAAAGUCAGGAACUACGGCAUCUUUCUCUGGCUCUUGAUGACGAUGGCUCUGUCAUGGGAAUGGCUGGUGGUGGAACCUCCACUGAGAUGAGGGUGCUUUAUCAGCCCAACCGCUGUGCACUUCUGGAGUCAGCUCUGGUUCCCGGACAUGCAGUUAUUUUUGAUCGUCAUGGCAAAGUAACUAGUGAAUCGUCAGCAGGCUACGCAGACCUUUCAAAAGAGUUUGUGGUUUUUGUUAAGGGUGUGUUCCUCCACAGUGCUGUGGUACUACUGGCUACCAGCCUGUGCCAGGCCCUGUGUCUCCAGCCGGAUGGGAGCUGCACUGGCGUGGGCAAACUGUCUGAAAAAUCCUACUGGAGAGUGCAUAAAAUCACUUCUGGGAUUUGCAUGUUUGAAAGCAUGAGAAACGCACGGAUGUUUCUGAGGAUUAAGGAUGGCCGCUGUGACGGAAUAGGUACAGGAGAUACUGACUGUCAUUUCAAAAUUAAGAAGAAUUUGGAAAAUGCAUGUAUAAGCCUGGAAUCUGUGAAGAGCCCAGGGUUGUUUGUUGGACUUCAGCCAGAUGGACAGGCAGAACCAGUUGUUUAUACCAAAAAUGGCAACGUUUUCUUCUAUCCGCAAGUCAUCAAAUUUGGCAGAGAAAACCCGAUGGGAAUGUCUGCAACACCCAGCCAAGAGGAGAAGAUCCUUGAGUCAGAAAGCCAGCAAGAAACGCCACCGGGACCUGAGUCUGGCCUUGCCUUGCUUUCUUCAGCUGCAAAGAAUAGCAGCAAAUAGAUGUCUUGCUGACAACCCUCUGAUGCUGUCACAUCAGCCUUGGGGAGAGCUUAGCCCUCUGAGUCCUGUUGCACUGGUCCAGGCCCAGCUUUUCGUUUCCACGCCACAUCAUGAAUCCACGGAGCAACGUGACACAUCAUACUGCCGGAGAAACAUGUGCUAAACUAGAUUUUUUCACAGAGGAGAAGUUAAUCUCAUGUCAGGAAGUAAUGGCAUCUAAAUCUGGGGUGGCCACCUCAAGUAACAUUUUCCUUGGUUGAAAAUAGCAUGCCAGCUGAAACUUCUAGGAAUAUUUUUGUAGGAGUAGCAAAAUGCUUAAAGAGAAAAAUCUUCCACAUAUUUUAAGAAAAUUUCUAAUUUGGUUAAAUUUUGUCCUAGCAAAAACAUUAAAAAAUGUUACCAUUACUAAAAAUAUUUUUUAAGGUUAAAGUGCACAACAUAUUGAUGCAUUUAUGUAUUGCAGGAUGAUUGCUGUUGUAGCGCUAGCUAGCAGCUCUAUCACAUCAUAUAUUUAUUUCUUCUUCAUGAUGGGAAUAAUUAAGAGCUAGUCCCUUAGUAAGUUUGAUUAUAAUAUAAUAUCAUUGUCUAUAAUCACUAUGCAUUACAUCAGGUCUUAUUUGCAAGUUGGCACCAUAAACAUCUCUCCUAUUUCUCCCCCUUACACACCUACCUUUGUCCUUAGUAACCACCAUUUUACUUUCUGUUUUCACAAAUUCAGCUUUUGUUAGGUUCUACACAACAAGUGAUAUCAUAUUUGUCUCUGUCUGAGCUAUCUUUCUCAGCAUAAUGUCCUUGAGUUCCAUCCAUGUUGUUGCAAGUAGCAGGAUUGCCUUUUUUCUCAUGGGUGAAUAAUGUUAUCUAUAUCUAUAUAUCAUUUUCUUUCUCCAUUCAUCUGUUUAGAGGCACUUAGGUUUUUUCUGCAUGUUGGUUACUGUGAAUAAUGCUGCAGGAAAUACAGGAGCACAGAUAGCUCCUUGACAUCCUGUUUUUCAUCUCAUCCUCAGAAGAGGAAUUGCUGGAUCAAAUGGUAGCUCUGUUUUUAACCUUUGGAGGACCCUCCAUACUGUUUUCUAUAGUAGCUGCACCAGCUUACAUUCCCACCAGCAGCACACAGGGUCCCCUUUUCUCUAUAGCCUCACCAACACGUGCUGUUUCUUGUCUUUUGGAUAAUAGUCAUUCUAACCGGUGUGAGGUGAUAUCUCAUUGUGGUUUUAUCUUGCAGUUUCCUGCUGAUU